AUAAACUGAAGCAUAAAUCCUUGAUCAUGGCUAAACACAGUGCUAGCAGCAAGAAGAAAAGUAGCAUUGUAAAGCUCAAGAUUGUCGUGGAAAGACUACACAAGAGUCUUUCAUUGGGUAGGAAAUCAAAUUCUUAUUCUGACGAGGUGGAAGAAGUUAAUGACUCAAGUUAUGUGCCCGAAGAUGUUAAGGAAGGACACUUUGCGGUGAUAGCUGUGGAUGGUGAGCAGCCGAAGAGAUUUGUGAUUCCAUUGAGUUAUCUGACUCACCCAGGAUUUCUUAAGCUGUUGGAGCAAGCGGCAGAAGAGUAUGGUUUUGAUCAUGAGGGUGCAUUGACGAUCCCUUGCAGGCCAUGUGAACUUGAGAGGAUACUGGCCGAGCGAUGGAAGGAUCAGGAUGGAGAAUCUAGUGAUAAUGUUGGUGUCAACUGGGGGUCUUAUGAAACUAUGGUGCAAAUUUGUUGAAAGAGAAGGUUUAAUUUCUUCUUCUUGCUCCUUGUAGUAGAUACUACUGUUUCUUGUAAACUCUAGUAAUGGUUCUUGCCAAUACAAGUUCUUGUGUACUGUUUAUAUUUGUUGACUUGAUGAAAAUUUUGUUUCCAGCAUGUAUAAU